CUGCCCGGGGCGGUUUCGGGGGAGCGCCGGCGGAAACGGAAGUGGCCGUGGGGGGGGGAUGGAGGAACCGGAGAUGCAGCUGAAGGCGAAGAAAGUGACGGACAAGUUCACGGAGAGCCUGUACGUGCUGGCCAACGAGCCCUCGGUGGCUCUGUUCCGCCUGCAGGAGCACGUGCGCCGCUCCCUGCCCGAGCUGGCCCAGCACAAGUCUGACAUGCAGAGCUGGGAGGAGCAGAGCCAGGGAGCCAUUUACACCGUGGAGUAUGCCUGCAGUGCCAUCAAGAGCAUGACUGACAGCAGCGUUUACUUCAAGAGCAUCGACAGCCUGCUCAAGCAUUCCAUCGCCCUCAAGGAGCAGCUCAGCGCUGCCCAGGGCCGCAGCACCAUCACCCCCCAACCCAAGAACCCUCCAGCCACCUCCUGAUUUCCUGAAUUCCCCAAAAAGUGAAAAAAAAAACCUCACAGGUAGAGAAACCCCUGAAUUCCCAACAAAACAAACCAAAAAAAAAAGCUGAAAAAUCCCAAA